AUGGAGUUUGGUCCAUUUGAUUCAUUUAUAUUGACAUUGGGGAUUAUACAUCCUUCCUAUAGGGCAUGGGAAGAGGAUCAUUCUGACGCCUUUAAAGGGCGUCAGUGUGUGCGUACAUUAGAAACCAUGUGGCAUGCCCAUCCUAGAAGCAUUCUGUGGAUUCAACGAGUAGGGUUCUAUCCACUGUACCAGAUUCAGUAUAUUCGCUUAGACCAUCAUUUAAUUAGUGCAUUGUUAGAGCAUUGGAGGCUUGAGACACACACAUUUCAUUUUCCUUGUGGUGAGGCAACGAUAACGUUGCAGGAUGUUGCAAUCAUCACAAGAUUACCUAUUGAUGGUGACGCUGUUACGGGCACGAUGCAGCAAGACUGGGAGAUGAUGUGUCAAAACCUACUCGGAUGCAACCCCCCCACUGGCUGGAGCAGACGAAAUGGCGCGUCCUUGUCUAUGACAUGGAUGGACUGGAACUUACCUGAUCUUCCUGAUGAAGCAUCUAAGGAGGUCGUAUUGCAGUACGCUCGAGGGUACAUACUACGUCUAAUGUGCGGCUUGUUAUUCGUGAACAAGUCGCAACAUUAUGCGUCGUUGAUGUUCCUCCCUUUGUUGAGUGACUUGGAGAGGGCGUCGACGUAUAGCUGGGGUGGCGCUGCACUUCCAUGGCUGUACAGAGAUGUGCCAAGUUGGUUGUGUACAGACACAAUCAAUUGGAGGUGCGCUAUUCCUCCUGCAGGUUUGGGCAUGGGAGCGCAUGCCCUUUCUUACUCCAAUUAG